AAAAUACAGUUGUAACAGCUGAAGCUCAAGUGUCCGCAGUUUCUAGUUUCAAUGACCCGAGAUGUGCUGGGCAGAUGGUGUGUCCAAAUGACCCUCUUCUCUUCACUUGUACUGUCACUGAUAGUCCUUCGCCUGCUGCCAGAGUAAUACUACCCUCUGGAGAGGGAGUGCUACUCACUAUUACCAACAUGACACAAGUAAUUGGAGCUACUUCUCUACCAGAUGGAGUCACUGAACAGUCUCACAAUGCAAUAGGUGAUGGACCAGUAAACUACACACUAGCACUGGCUAUCGAGAGAGCCUCACUGUUGGGUGGCAAUCCCGUCAUAUGUGAUGCUGCAACUGCACCAGCAUUGACAGAUGAGGCGUCAUGUCCAAUAGCCACAGACCCACCAGGUCCACCAGAGUCUCUGAGUCAGGUUGUAUCAGCCAACACUGAGAUAUCAGCAGUGGUGCAGUGGGAGUCUCCAGCCAUGACUGGAGGAGGCACUGGAGUGACCAUCAGUGAAUAUAGAGUGACUGUUGAUGGUGGGGUGACCCAGACUGUCAGCCAUGAUGAUAGUAGAGAUGUCUUCACUGCACAUUACUGUACCCAGUUCAACACCAGCUACAGUGUGUCAGUGACUGCCAUCAACUCUUGUGGUCUCUCCAGUCAGCCUGCCACCAUCACUGUCUUCAUUGAGGCCAGAGUUCCACCUCAGCCUACAGUACAGUCUCUUGUCAUGUACUACGAUGUUCCUCUGAGUGGUGGUAGACCUGUUGUACUCAAUUGGACGGAGGGAGAGAGGGAGGUGGGGGUAGUGUAUCCAGGAGAGGAGAUGACAACUGUGGACCUGACUCCAGGAGGGACCAUAUGCUCUUUUCUUUCAACGCCUAUAAUAAGUUGUACUGCUACCAUUACCAAUGACUGCAGCAACUACAACAUCUCUAUCACUCUCUCUAACGAUAUCGGGCCUUCUCAACCCGUAUCCAUCAUCUUUAACUCUGCCCCAGUGGAGGUGGAGGAGGGAGAGAGUCCAGCUGGAGGACCUGCAGUCAUAGUCAGUCUGAACCCUCUCUGUCGCAGUGUCCCCUACACAGUGGGGCUGUCGUUUGGAGUGAGAGAGAACAGUGGAGAGACGUUUCUUCCUCAGCAGAACGUGACAGCCAACAUCCUCCCUGGAACCCCUGUCAUCCUGCCUAUUAAUGUCACUACUCUUCCUCUGGCAGAUGGCCAGGAAUACUGUUUCACAGUUCCCCAGCUAAACAUUGAAGGUGGUAUGUAGCCAUAGAUACAAUGUAACAAUAAUUGCCAUUAGUCCUACUUACUAGACCUGCCUACUGCCAGUACAAGCACUUGUACUGACACUAGAGAAGAGAAGGAGAGUAUAUCAACUGGAGUUGCUGUGGCUAUAACACUUGCCAUCUCUGUACUGGUGCUCAUACCAGCGGGUGUGGUCAUUGGUUCCUGUGGUACAUUGUUUGCAAUUCGUAGAGGAGGAGAAAGAGGAGAGAGGAAGAAGAAGAAGAAAGAGGAGCUUGUAGCAGCUAUCUAUGAGGAGCCAGUUCAUUCAGUGGAGACUGCCAUUCCUCUCUCUGAGAACCAGGCAUAUGGCCAGGUCUCUUCUCAGAGGUAGUAGAGGGAGGUGGUCAACUGUGUCUUUUAACAUUACAGUAUUAUACUUAUGUAGUUUCAAAAUGUUCAGUAAAUCAACACAUCCUGAUUACCAAUUUACUCAACCAA